CUUAUAUAUUUGCCAUCGAGGACAGAAAAUAAUUGAGAUUACAUUCUAAAUGGGAAUCAUGUAUCUUCUCCCACUUUUAAUCAAUAAAUUCCCCCGCCUUUUGACACUAUUUCUUCCACAAUUACCCUGAAUCAAACCAUGUUUUCACAAAUAAUUCUCACACAUUAUAACUUUUUCCGAAAACACCAAUAUUUGAUAUAAAUGCCGUUUUCAACAUAAGAAUGGUUAAUGAAUUUGUAAACUAGCACUUAACCAACAACAAGGAUUCCUUUCUGCGAUUGUAUAUGUUAAUAUGUAAUGUGGUGACCUAAAACUGAAUAAACCUGCGGCUCAAACAGGGUAGAAAUUGGACCAUAUAAGUACAAUACAUAAUGCUAACUUUCACUGGGAACUUCUAGCUUAAACCCUUCUGCUGUCCUUUUUCUAACAGGCCGAAAGUUUUAUUAAAGUGCCAUCAAUUUGGAAGGUCGGCCAAAUUGGAUCCCACGCCACCGGCCAUUAAACAGACAAAAUCUCAGAAACCCACCGCAUUAACCGAAAGGAGAAGACCCUUAGUCAACCACCUUCUCAGCUUUUUGCUCGUCCAAAGGGAAAAAUUGCUCAACUUUCCAGCCUUUCUGUCACGACGGCUUUCUGGGUAAGUAUCAUCGUCGUCUCUUUCCACUUGGGUUUGCCCUGCUUGCUUGCUUGUUCCAAUUAUGCAAUCGCUUUUGAUUGACUGCUGUCAAGUUUUCUUUAACUGGGUCCGAUUGUUUUGAGCUUCCAUUUGUAGAAAAGCUUUGAUCUUUGAUAGAGUUGGGGGCGGUUAUUUCUGUUCUGUUGUUUGUCCGUGAGAGGGAUUUUGUUCUCUGCCGUUGAAGGGGAUUCAAUCUGCGUCGGGAUUACGCAUGUGGAUUCUGGCACCAAGUUGAAAUUUAGUAUUAGGAAAGAACUCCAACUGUUCUAAUUUAUUCGAUGAUGAACAAUAAAAAAACUGCAGUCCUCCUUGGCAUGUUACUAUCAGAAGAGAUUUUCUUGUGUGGUCUGAUUGCUUGUGAAUUUGGGGGUUCUGCCCUUCUGGAAGAACUGUAGCUUUUUUCACAAGGAAGGAUAUGUGUACCGAAGAAUCUACAUAGCUGAGGAUGGCUCGGUAAUGGAUCCUUGGAAACUCUGGACUGAGGUUACUGGUAGAUGCAUGAACUGAGAUAAUCCAAAAUUGGGUUUUAAUUUUCACGCUAAUGGCCUUAUGGACUGGAAUAUUGUUGUCAUGGAUUUCUCUGGUAACUGGGUAGAGGCGAAGUUAGGUAGAGGAUGCCCAAGUCUGAAUAUAGAGUUAGGUUCAGGCGUCUAGAAGUUAUUCUAUAACCCACGACAGAAACUCUUUUGCUUCAUCUCUGAAGGAAUAUUUCAAUUAGCAAUAGUUGGUGUGACAGGGAGGUGUAGGUAGAACAGCAAGUCUCAUCUCUUAAAAAUUUGUUUAGUGCUCUGAGAAUAUGCCCUUUAGCACAGCCGAUUCUUGCACACUACAGGUCAUCUCCAACUGGAAGUCAUUCUCAUUUCAAGACUCUUCUGUGGCUGUUCUAUACGUUACUUUUUUCGCAACCUGGUUUUGGUUUCCUUAAAUGCUUACGGUGCCAGAAUGGUUCUCAUUUGUGGUCUUUGACAGCUCAGGUAACGUGAAUUCGCUGGUAUUGCAUGCUUGUUCAAGAGUGAACCUUCUUCUGAGCUAGGAUGCAGCUAUACCACCAUGCUUUCUCCGUGGAUAGCCAGAAAGUUCGGCUAGCUUUGGAAGAGAAGGGCAUCGACUACACUUCAAACCAUGUUAACCCCAUAACUGCCAAGAAUCUAGACGCAUCGUUCUUCAGGAUGAAUCCAAGUGCAAGACUCCCUGUCUUCCAGAAUGGAACCCAUAUCAUCUUCGACACCAUCGAGAUAGUCCAGUACAUUGAAAGAAUCGCAUUUGUCUCAACAGGUGCCAAUGACAUGGCAUUCAGCAACAUGGAAGUCAUUAAUUGGAUGAAGAAGAUACAACAGUGGAACCCCAAGUUCUUCACGCUUUCCUGCAUCCCAGAGAAGUACCGCCUUCCAGUCUCCAAAUUCACAAGGCGGGUUCUGAUAGCUCGGAUGGCCGAAUCUCCUGAUCUAGCCAGUGCAUACCACAGGAAGCUGAAAGAGACAUACGAGACAGAAGAGAAGCUGAAAACCCCUGAUGUUGUAAAGCGCAGCAGAGAGCAACUAAUUAGACUUCUGGAUGAAGUGGAGUCCAAGCUAGGGGAAACAGCUUACUUAGCUGGGGAGGAGUUCUCGUUGGCUGACGUGAUGCUGAUCCCUGUACUUGCUCGGUUGGUGCUGUUGAAUUUGGGAGAUGAGUACAUUGGAACGAGGCCAAACGUGGCUGAGUACUGGGAAUUGGUGAAGCAGAGACCGAGUUACAGGAAGGUGAUUGGGAAGUACUUUGAUGGAUGGAGAAGAUAUAAGACAUUGAUGAAGACUUGGUGUUUCGUUAGGUUCAGAAGUCAGUUCAAGGUAUACUGAACUACUGCAGAAGUGUAUAUAUAUAGAGUUGCAGGUUGAUGUUGUGGUUUAUGUAGAUGGGAGACAUUUGUGUAGAUUAAAGAGAAGAGGGGAAAGAGUUUCCAGGAAUAAUGUGUAGUAAUAAUAAUUUUUUGACUAUGGUGAGAAUAACAUUAAAGUAUAAUAUAAUAACUCUAAGUACGACAUGUCAUUUCACUAUACGUUGGAUCUAAGUACGACAUGUUAUUUUGGUGUAAUAUUAUAUGUUAUAACUCAUAUGUUAGAUGAUAUUUGAUAUAAGUUAUCAGGAUAAGUACAAUAUACUGACCAUUUCUAUACUUCCGUGCUAAAAUGGGUGACCCAUUAAACCUUGACCCACUAGCUCGACCGGGUCCGGGUCAGCGUGCGAGUUGACAACCUUGGAAAUGACAUCAGGGGGAGGCUAGCUUGCUUAAAGAUUCGGCGGUUUCUUUCAAGCCACGCCCAUAUCGGGAACGAAUAUUAAAGAUUUGCUAACUAACAAGUGCAAAUAUAUCAUCUCUUUUUAUUAGUGUAAUGGAUUUUUCGUUCUCGUGAUUUUAAAUGACAUAUAACCUUUUAGUUUAGCCAUUAGAAAAAAAGGGAAAAGGUGAUU